AUGGACAAGCUCUUAUCCAUAAAAGAAAUUGUACCUGAUAUGCAAGACUGGUCAUGCAAAGUUAUUGUUCAGGAAAAACAGCAAGUUACCCAAUCACUGUCGACACCAACAAAGAAGCAAAAAUUUAUUUUUGUUGAUGCAGAGGGAUCAAAAGUUGAAGGCAUUAUUUUCAACCAUGACAUUGCUAGGGUCGGACCAAUCUUGCAGGUCUACAAAAAAUACAGAAUAGCGAAUGCUGUGGUUAGACCAAUCCACCCAAAAUAUCAAACAGCUGAACUCACAAUACAGUGGGUGCUCACUAGUAAAACUGUCAUUGAAGAGGAUGCUGAUGACGAAGAUAUAAUGCCUGUCAAAUUUAACUGCACUCAAUUCACAGACUUGGCACAGUACAUGGAUCAUAAGGAUAAAUCUGUGGGUAUGUAUGUAGUGUAUUACACAUAUAUCAUGAGUUUCGGCUUAGAACAGCUUUUACAAGAACGUUUCCCUUUCACAGAUGUCCUUGGAAUUGUUAUUGAAGCACAGGACAGCAGGAUCAUUAAUAAAAAUUUCAAAGAAUCUGUUGUUCAGAAAUUCGUCCUUGUCAAUGAACAAUCGCAAACUGUCAUGCUUUCCAUGUGGGAUGAUUUCAUCAAGAAUGAAGGCCAGCAGAUAUUAUCUGACAUACACAACUACCCUGUCAUCAUAUGUCGCAGGCUGAAAGUUAGCAACUAUAAUGGAGUUGCGCUGUCGACAUGGUUUGAUUCGGCGAUCCUUGUUGACCCUCCUGUACAGGAAGCAAGAGAAUUAAAGAACUGGGCGAUGAGAAAUACCAACCUACUUGCAGCAAUCAUUGAUGAAAAAAGCUAUAUUAAGUAUAACCCUAACAUGUCAGUGAAAGCAGAUCAGAAAAUCACUUUAAUUUCAAAUGUCAGACCAUCACAGAAGAAUAUAUGGGUUAAAGCAAGGUUCUCUUUUCAGCACAUAUUCCAGAAAUACUGGUAUAUGAGCUGUAAAAAAUGCUGCCGGGGUACUGCUGCUGCAGAUGGAGUUAUUUUUAUGUGUAAUACAUGCAAAGAAAAGCAUCCUGCUCAGCCCAGGUGUCGCUUUGAUAUCGAUUUAUGUGAUCAUACUGGUGCCAUCACAGCUUCUGUGUUUGGAGAACAAGCAGAAAAGCUGCUAACCUUCACUGCUUUUGAAAUAAUGGACCAUUUUAAGCAGAACAUUGAACUCCCUCUUGAGGCUGUCCAUAACGAGCUGGAGUCAAAGUGGUUUCUGGUGCACAUAAAACCAGUGCAAACUCAAAUGGCUGAUGCAAAGCAGCGUUAUACAAUUAUCUACUACUCUGAGGUUCUCGAUACUAAUGUUGUUCAAUCGCCAACUCAAUGCAAAAGUGAUACUUUAUUAAUUGAUCUCCAGGCUGACACUGCUACCACCAACACUUCAGGAUCUGCACCUGUUAAAGAAACCAAACCAGCUUCAAAGGCUAGACAAUGUCUAACUGAAAAACUUGAGCUGUUAGCUGAUGAAAGCAAUAGUAGUUCCCACAGUGCCACUGAAAGCUCCAAGAAGAAGGCAAAGCUCAUUUAG